AUGAUGAAGUGGGCAGGGAGCAGUUUGACGGGGGAGGACGGAAGGGAGUUGUGGGGCCACGUGCAAAGAGGAUUCGAGCGACACAUGAGCCGGACGAUUGGGGCUGGGAACCAUGGGGGAUGGGCCAAACUGUACCGGACCGGGCAGAGAGCACGGAGGCCCGACUGCCUCGAGUCGACGCUGUUCGAGUCAUGCGGACAGCGGGGCGGAGGCGUUUGA